AUGAACGCCACUACUAGACUCUCCAACUUUUUAAUUAACGCUGCCGAAGAGCAUAUUACCGCCAGUUCUGUUAUUUACCAAGUAAUAGAGGAAGACCCUUGGAUACCACAGAAUGAGUUGAAGAGUAUCGUCUAUCAAGCAGUAACAUUAACAAAAAACCUUUGUGAAGAAG